AAAGCCUAUUCCUUUUUUUCAUACGUCGACGAGGAGGACCUCAGUCCGUCUGUAGCUCAAUAGGGUUUAUCGUUCUAGCAGCGCCUCCAUAAGUCCGGCAUCUCCUUCCCUCUGUGGAAUUCUGUCCUUCUGUAACUUUCUCUCUCUUUCUCUCAACUUUUAAGUGUCGAAACAGUAGAGGGAUUGGUGGCAUAAAUGUCCACCAAGGGAGCGACGAGUCUCACAAACAACUUCCUCGCAGUACUAUCCAAGGUAUGUUCUUCCAGCAACUCAUUAGAUUCAUUAAAAAAGCUUACAUUGCUGAGAAAUCUCAGCAUCGGCAGUGCCGCUGAAAGAACAGAUUUUCAAAACGGUAAUGGAUAUCACGUAGACAACUCUUCAGAAUAUCAGCAAAACUCUGGUGGGUUUUACGGUGAGGACCAAAAUCCCAUGGAUUUUCACCAGAAAUCAACCAGAUUUAUCGGGGGAAGUUCCGUGGGGGCUUCACGGAGCUCAAACCCCAACGGGAAUUGUGGAGAAAGCACAACAAACGAUUUUGUGGUGAACCCAGUUGCGCAAAACGAAAGUUUUAGUGGGCCUUAUGGGCAAAACUAUGGCGAUUUGCAGCAAAAUUCUAGUGGGCUUUAUAGGGAAAGCUAUAGAAGUACAUAUCAAAACCACCCAGUUGGACAAAAUGGAAACUUUAGUGGAAAUUAUGGUCAGAGUAGUGGAUGGCCACAGCUGGACCCAAACGGAAUUUCUGCAAGUAAUUCGAGAGGGUUUGAGCCGAAUUCAAGUGGCUUUCACCAGAACAACGGCGAAGUUUACAAGGAAAGCACUAUAAAUGAAUCGCAGAAUAACCAAUAUCAGCAAAAUGGGAAUUUUAGUGGGCAUUAUGGGAAUAAUGACGGAAAGUUCUUGCAGAACCAUAAUGGGUCUUACACCCAUAGUUCACCGGUACAGCAUAGUAUGAGCGGGUUCAACGGGAUAAAUAGAAAUCUACAGCAUUCAUAUGGAUCUUACCUGGAGGGAGCUAGAGCAACGAGGCAGAAUCCACAUGGAUUUAAUUCCCAAGGCCUUUCAGAAUCUCAGGGAAGCCUAAACGAGAACUACAUGCAAAAUUUUGGGCAAGCUCAGCAAGCCUCGUAUGAUCAUAACAUGGUGAAUGCUGGAAUGCAGCCGCAAGGCCAAAGUUGGUGUCAGCAGAGCCCUAGUGCUGGACACUAUAAUCAGAGCCUCCAUGGAGGACAAAAUCCGCCAAACUCAAAUGCUUCUCAGAUUAUGACGACUAGUUCUCAAUCAUCCAGUCAUCCAACACAUGGGGGUGAAUUGGCUGAAACAUCUGACAAUCACCCAUAUGUCGGUACACUUGAGGAGCUAGAUAGUUUUUGCAAAGAGGGGAAAGUGAAGGAAGCUGUAGAAGUCUUAGGUUUUUUAGAAAAGCAGUGUCUUCCUGUUGAUUUGCCCCGAUAUUUGCAGUUGAUGCAGGCAUGUGGUGAGGCUCGAUCUCUACAGGAAGCAAAAUAUGUUCAUGAACACAUUGUAAGAAUACAGUCUCCUCUCAGAGUGAGCACCUACAACAGAAUCAUAGAGAUGUAUUGGAAAUGUGGUUCCAUAGAUGACGCUUGGCAAGUGUUUAACACAAUGCCCAAGCACAAUUUGACAUCGUGGGAUGUUAUGAUAACAUGGCUUGCUAAGAAUGAUUAUGGGGAGGAUGCCAUUGAUCUAUUUACUAAGUUUAAGAAAACAGGACUGAAACCUGAUGGUCAAAUGUUUAUUGGAGUUUUUACUGCUUGUAGUGUUCUAGGAGAUAUUGAUGAAGGAAUGCUGCACUUUGAAUCAAUGAGCAAGGAUUAUGGCAUUGUCCCAUCCAUGAAUCAUUAUGUGAGUGUAGUAGACAUGCUAGGAAGUACAGGGUUUCUGGAUGAAGCUUUUGAGUUCAUUGGAAAGAUGCCAUUGGAGCCAAGUGUUGAUGUAUGGGAAACUCUAAUGAAUCUCUGCAGAGUUCAUGGACACAGGGAGCUUGGUGAUCUUUGUGCUGAGAUUGUUGGGCAGUUAGAACCCUCAUGCUUGAAUGAGCAAUCGAAGGCUGGCCUUCUACCUGUGAAACCUUCAGACAUUGCAAAACAGAAAGAGAAGAAGAAACUAUCUAGUCAAAAUCUUUUAGAAGUUAGGAGUCGGGUCCAUGAAUAUCGAGCAGGGGAUAGAUCUCAUCCUGGCACGGAUAGGAUCUAUGCAGAACUUAGGGCUUUGAAGGAACAAAUGAAAGAGGCUGGUUAUAUACCAGAGACUAGAUUUGUGUUGCAUGAUAUAGACCAGGAAGCCAAGGAGGAAGCCCUUCUUGCUCACAGCGAGAGACUUGCUAUUGCCGAUGGUCUCCUGAGUAGUCCAGCUCGAUCACCUAUUAGGAUAAUCAAGAAUCUUCGUGUUUGUGGUGAUUGCCAUACUGCACUGAAGAUCAUCUCAAAGCUUGUUGGCAGAGAACUCAUUAUACGAGAUGCUAAGAGGUUCCACCAUUUCAAAGAUGGGUUGUGCUCUUGCCGGGAUUAUUGGUGAACAAACUGAAAUUUGAGGUCUUAGUUCGGUGAUUUUGAAGGUAAGGCCAUGGUGCUUCCUCACACAGAAAGCAGUGAAGAAAACUGCCCAUAACAUGUCUAAAUCAUUAUUGGAAGGAACAAGAUCUCACUCCCCAGGAUUGAUAAUUUUUUACUCAAUACUCUUGGGUAUUUUGUCCGUGAAUUGACCUCGACGCAAACAACAAGAACAUCUCUUUCCCAGCACUGAAGCUUUGUUUUUUCUUUCCCAACAUUGUUCUGACAUAGUUGAUUGGUCUGAUGUCAAUAUAUUUGAACUCAAAACUUCAUAAAAUCUGUAUCGGAUAAUUUCUUUUGUAUACGCACCAGCUUGAAUCUGGUGUCAAGACUCAAGACUCAAUAUAUGCAGUAGCAGACAAACAUUUCAAAAGUUUUU